CAUCUUUUCAAUUUUGGGAUUGUGAAGCUGAGAACAAACCUUUCUCUUCUUCCUUCCCUCUCCGCCUGCGACAACACACUCUCUCAUUACUUCUUUCUCCUUCCCCGGUAAGCCUCCAUCUCAAUUUCGCUCCCUCAAAAAUAUUAUUAUAUUUUACUAUUUCCAUUCCUAUUUAUUUAAUACAAAUUUUAAAUAUACAAAACCUACUCACUGAGUAGCUUCCGUUAAUUCACGCGCGUCCUCAACAAACACAAUUUAGGUUUUAUUUUCGAAAUGGAUUCGAUCGAAAAAAGGGACGAAGAAGAUUGGGAGUUCACCGAUAAGAGAAAGCAGAGGUCAAGGAAGUAUUCUAACGGCGAUGACGGUGAAGGUGAAGCCGAAGGUGAUGGUUCCGAUGGAAGCGGAAGAAGGAAGCGUUCUGCAAAAAGCGAAGUUGACGAUUACGAUUCGCGGUCGAAGGCGGCGAAGAAGAGACAAGAGGAGAGUACAUUGGAGAAGUUGAGUAGUUGGUAUGAGGAUGGUGAAUUGGAUGUUGGUGAUAAGAUGGGAAGGAAUGUUCAUAGAGUGAAAGAGGAUUAUAGGUAUUCGGAUAAAGGAGAAAGUGGAAGAGAUAAGAGUCGUGGAGCGUCUGAACAGGUUAAGAGUUCUAGAAGGAAGUGGGAUGAAGUUGAUAUUGUUAGUGUGAAGAGAGAAAAGGAGAGUGUUUCUGAGAAAGGUGAAUUGAAGAGUGUUAGUAAUUCUAAGGUUUCUGAUGGUAAGAGAAGCGAGUCGAGAGAGAGGAGUGGAUCUGUUAGGAAUGAGCAUGGGGAGAGUAAAGCUUCUGGUAGUGGUGAUAGUAAGGUGGUUGUUAAAUCUGGUGGUAAAGAAGAUAGAAGAAAUGAUGCUGAGAGAGGUAAGAGUAAAGGAAAGGUGGAAGUUUCGGAUGAGCGGGUUGAAAAGCCUAGGCGUCAUAGAACUCCGACAGGUUUUGAUGUGGCUGAAACAUGGGAGAGGCCGGGGAAUGUUGAUGAGGAGGGAAGUGUGAGGGUUAAGGAUAAAACUGUUAGGGAAACUGGGAAUUCGGCCAGAUCUAGGACACCUGAGAGGAGUGGUAAACGUCAUAAAGAUUCGGAAAAUUCGGAGAUGGAUUAUGAAAGAAGUGGUAGUUUUAAAAGGAAGGAACUUGAGAGUGAUGGUUAUAAUAAAGAUGAUAGAUCGAAAGGAAAAGAUGAAACUUGGAGUGAUAGGAGGAAUGAUAGGGAGAGUUCUAAAGAGAAUUGGAAAAGGAGGCAGGGGAGUAAUGUUGACAGAGAUUCGAAGAAUGAGGAUGGUGGCUUUGAUCCCAACAGAGAAUGGGAGUUGCCUAGACACGGUUAUGAUAGGAUGGACAACGAAAGGCCUCAUGGUCGGCCCGGUGGUAGAAAAGAUGUACUCAGAGGGGAAGCUGUGAAAACAACAACGAAGUUUGGAAUUUCAAAUGAUAAUUAUGAUGUGAUAGAGAUCCAGCCGAAGUCCAUUGACUAUGGAAAAGCAGAAUCUGUAUCCAACCUUAUCAAGAGAACUGAAGGUAAUCAACAGUACAAUUCUAGAUCAGGUGCUAAUUCUGAAGAAUGGACACGGGAUCAAGAAGAAAGAGCGAGAAAGAGUGAUUUAUCUGGUUCUGGUACACCUGGUGAAGAUCAGAAGGAGAGAUAUAAUGAUGAUGACUAUGAUUUUUAUGGGGGAAGAGGAAGAGGUCAGAGAGGUGGCGCAACUACUCGCAGUACCGGUGGCUCACAGUCUCAAUAUGGAAACCCGGAUUCCGGAUCCUUUAACAGAGCCGGUCCACAAGGAAUGAAAGGGAACAACAGGAUUGGUAGAGGAGGAAGGAUUAGGCCUCCCGGGAGAGACAACCAGCAGGUUGGAAUGCCAUUACCAAUGAUGGGAUCUCCCUUUGGACCUCUUGGCAUGCCUCCGCCCGGUCCAAUGCAGUCUCUUACCCAUGGUAUGUCACCUGCUCCUGGUCCUCCGAUUUCUCCUGGAGUCUUUAUGUCACCAUUUAAUCCAGCUGUUUGGGCUGGACCUCGAGGUGUUGACAUGAAUAUAAUGGGUGUUCCACCUGCAAUGUCUCCUGUGCCCCCAAGUCCCUCAGGUCCAAGAUUUAAUGCCGCUAAUAUGGGAAACCCACAAAAUCCUGCAAUGUAUUAUAACCAAUCUGGCCUUGGAAGAGGGAUCCCUCCAGGCAUUUCUGGUCCUGGUUUCAAUCAUACAGGACCGAUGGCAAGAGGAACACUGCCUGAUAAAACUCCAGGGGGAUGGGCUCCACCCAAAAGUAGUGGAAGUAUGGGUAAAGCUCCUUCCAGAGGUGAGCAGAAUGAUUAUUCUCAAAACUUUGUCGACACUGGUAUGCGGCCGCAGAAUUUCAUCAGGGAACUUGAGCUCACAAAUGUUGUAGAGGACUACCCUAAGCUUAGGGAGCUUAUCCAGAAAAAGGAUGAGAUUGUGGCAAAUUCUGCAACCUCUCCCAUGUAUUACAAGUGUAAUCUUAAAGAGUUUGAACUGACUCCAGAGUUCUUUGGGACCAAGUUUGAUGUCAUUCUUGUGGAUCCCCCAUGGGAGGAGUAUGUGCACCGAGCCCCUGGUGUUGCUGAUCACACAGAGUACUGGACAUUGGAAGAAAUUAUGAAUCUCAAGAUUGAGGCUAUAGCAGACACUCCUUCUUUCAUCUUCCUUUGGGUGGGUGACGGUGUAGGCCUUGAACAAGGACGUCAAUGUCUAAAGAAGUGGGGAUUUCGCAGGUGUGAAGAUAUAUGUUGGGUGAAGACAAAUAAAAGCAAUGCAACUCCAGGACUGCGGCAUGAUUCACAUACUUUAUUUCAACAUUCAAAGGAACACUGCUUGAUGGGCAUAAAAGGAACAGUCCGUCGAAGUACUGAUGGCCAUAUUAUUCAUGCCAACAUUGACACGGACGUAAUUAUUGCUGAAGAACCUCCUUAUGGUUCAACACAAAAGCCUGAAGACAUGUAUAGGAUUAUUGAACACUUUGCCCUUGGAAGGAGGAGGCUUGAACUAUUUGGUGAAGACCACAAUAUCCGAGCUGGUUGGCUGACUGUUGGUAAAGAACUGUCGUCUACAAACUUUAAUAAGGAGGCAUAUGUCAAGAACUUCGGUGACAAAGAUGGGAAAGUUUGGCAAGGUGGAGGAGGAAGAAAUCCACCUCCUGAGGCACCUCAUCUGGUGGUGACUACUCCUGAUAUAGAGGCUCUUAGGCCAAAGUCCCCAAUGAAGAACCAGCAACAAAUGCAGCAGCAGCAAUCAGUAUCCAUUAAUUUGACGUCAGCCAGCGUAUCAAACAGAAGGCCCACUGGGAAUUCACCGCAGAAUCCAACUGCACUCAGUGUCAACCAAGACGCUUCUAGCUCAAACCCUUCUACAUCGGCUCCUUGGGCUUCUUCACCUAUGGAGUCCUUUAAGGGACGUGAAGGCUCAGUAUUGCCUUCUGAUGAUAAAGUAAGUGAUAUGUAUGGGUUUCAUGGACCACCACCAGCAGGCUAUCUAGAUUUUGAAACAUUCAGACAAAUGAAUAUGUUGUAGCAUAACUUUCCAGGAUAAAGCUGCAUGAGUAUGUAUUGUAUAAUUUUUUUUCCCUGCCAAUAUAAAAUUGGGAAGAAAAUUUAUUCGCAUUUUGUCUGUUCAUUCUUUUGGUAGUGCUGGCGAUUAUUUUGUUAGGGGAAUAAUAGAAAGCGUCGGAUUACUGUAAAAUUAGUUAUACAUUUAAUGUGUUUUAAUCAAAUGUUUUGAAGCAAUAUAAGUUUAAUUCACGUGCU